AUGGAUGAUGUUCAAUGGGUUCACCCGAAACCAAUUAGUAAUGGAUAUUCUAACGAAACAAGAGAUUACAAGAACACCGAUGUUAAUUCUAAUAUUAAUUCAGACGGACAUUCGAAGCAAUUUCAACAUGGUACUUUUAAUAAAAAAACACCGCGUAACGGUAACAGAAGGAUACCAAAUUAUGAGAGGGAAAGCGCUUUACGUCAGUACUAUCAGCCACAACAUAUUGAGUUUUUCCUUGCAAGCAUUAACAUCAACGAAUAUCAGGAAUCUAUCGAUACGGUUAAUGAUUACAAGUUGAAAUUUCGAUACAAAUAUCUUGAAGGGGGGAUUUCGAUUUUUUUAAAUGAAAAUAAAGCAAAGAUUUACAUUCCCAUUGAUGCUUUGGAAGCUAUCUCUAAAGUGCAACUUAAUCUCAUUGUGUUAACAUUGAAAAAGAACUGCUCCAAUUUGAUUUCAUAUGCUUCAAAGGAUGGUUUCAUCGGUGAUGAUCCUAUACACAGAACGUCAUAUAUUAGCAUGAUUGCUCAAGAAAGAACACCACAACAGGCUAUAGACAUUGCUGGAUUGCAUAUACACUAUCUUGUGAAUAAGAAUACCAAACACAAGGCUGAUGAUAUCCGAAUUCUACGUUUCAAAUCUUAUUCUCAAUUCGAAGAUAUUAAACACGCCGUUAUUGAUGCCUUUAAUGUCCAUUAUAUAACAAAGAUUUAUUAUAAGGAUGACGAUGGUGAAUAUAUUACCAUGGUUAACACCGCCGAUUUCGAAACUGCUUUGAAGUUGUAUAAAAAAGACAACAAGCUGGAGAUUUGGUGUAUGAUUGGAUGA